AUGGACACAGCGGUUAAAAAGCCAUUUAAAUCAAAGGAGAUUGGUUUAACUAAGGAAUUAACUUAUGUAUCUUCAGCAACCAAGUGUGUCAAAUGUGCUUUAUUAAUUCUCAUCGCAUUACAAACGCUGAUUGGAGUGGGUUGCUGUGUAGCGUGUCUGUUUGUCAGGUUUGACAAGGUGUACAUCAGGCGACUCAUACUAUACUACCUCGCACCUGUCAGACUCGGCCUCACGGAGAUACAGCUAGUCAGUGAUUACAGAAAUAUAAUCACAUCAUAUGACACAACCGACGUUCUGCAGGGUUUAUCAUUGGUGCUUCUUGUUACUACAUUUAUUUUACUCCUUCCGGUUCUAUUCGGUAUUUCCGGGCUCUACAGCAACAAAUUAUGGCUUAUAGCAAUUUAUAUCGUGAUUACAGGAAUCCUUGUUGUGGCCAAAACCGCUCUCAUCAUCACUUCCUCGCUACGAGCGGAUUUAGUAAAGGGGUGGAUAAGAGACCCUCUUAUGACGUCAUUACAAUCCCGAUACCGGGGGGACCUAGCCAGGGAUUCCGUCUCUGUUACCUGGAAUAUGGUCAUGAUCAAGUUUUCUUGUUGUGGCGUGGACAGUGGUAGAGAUUUCGAGUUUUCUCGAUUCAGUCGAGAUUUUACACUCCAAGUAUUUAAUCAAACUUUGUUGUUAAGCAACUUACAAACGCCUUUAGUUUGUUGCAACAGUGCAUCAAGGACGACAAGCUUUGAGCCAGGCGCAUGCGCAAAGUAUCCCAUUCAUCGAGAAGACACUCAUUAUUUUGAGGGAUGUUUGGAAAAAAUCUGGAAUUUUUUAUCCCGGUACUCUGGGGAAAUGAUACUGCCCACUGUUGGCAUUUGCGCUGUACAGGUAUUCGUCACUUUUUGA